UUAAAGCUGCCUAAACAAAGUAAAGCGUUACUGCAGGAGAGUCAUGAGUGGAGUGUGCGCCUUGGGGUUCCCGAGGGAAAUUGUAUAAUUAUCAACUCUUGUAACUUAUUUCCAUCAUUUGUUUUGACUUCAGUAAUUACUCCCUCCGGUGAAUGAUUCCCCUGCUUAUCAUCAGUUGACUUAUAUGCCAUUUUACCGCUGUCUCUCAGGACAAACAUACACAAACACACUCUUCAUUUUCUCUCUGUGCUUUCUUUUCUCUCGCUCUUGCAAAAUAGGCAUAGAAAGAAAAAAAUGAUUGGGAGAUUCUGGUUUCCUAGCAACUAGAUUGAGGUCGCCACACCGUGUCUGUUUUCAGAAAGGUUAAUCUAUAGGUUUCAGUUCAUUGAGUUACCUUUUUAAAACAGCGUAUGCCUUUCAAUACGAUCAACCAAGGAGCACAGACUGGAAUAUGUUACUCACACGCUGACAGUUGAACGGGGCAUUCAUUUUUAGAAGAGGUUUGGACUAUUUAAAGCUCAAUAAAUUCCAGCUAUUGCAUAUAACUGAGAUGCCAGACAGAGUGUGCGUCUGUGGUUUGAUAAACGUCGGAGCCCCCUUAUGAGUCAGAGGAAAUGGGCUAUGACUGAUUGCUGAGCCUUUCAAAAAGUUACUGGAAAGUAGUCGGGCGGUAAAAUAAGGGAACUUAGGUGAUAGUGACUAGUCCGACUGAUUUUUCUUUAGAAAGUUAAUAAAACAUCCAGACUUGGUUCUAUUAAAGCGGAUCUUUGUGACACUAGUAUUCAGGCCUGUCACUUUCAUACCUAUCCCUGGCUGACUCCUGCUGCGUUGCCUCAAGCGUGAAGUCAUGGUAACAGCUCCAAGCCUCCCAACCUCAGUCUGCCUCGGCACUGGUAGCUGUCACUCCCCUGGGUGGGACGUAGCUACUCUUUCUUAGUCACAUAACAGCAGAGAUGUUGGAGCCUGCAGGGCUUACUGUUAGGAAGGACAGCGCAGUAACUCUGAGCUGCAGCGUAGAUGAAGAUUUUUGUAUUACCGUAGAUAGAAAAGCCCUGGACUAGCAUUCCUGCAGCCGCAUCCAUGGACACUGUAAAGAAUGGGGGAUCUCAGCCUGUCUACAGCCGCUGGUCAUACAGACCCUCCAGCUCUGCCAGCUUCUCCUCUAACUCAACAGCAAGUGGCAUCGAAGACGACAGUGCCAGCCUCAUGCAGCAGAAGCUGGAAAAACAGAGGGCACUGCUGGAGCAGAAGCAACGGAGGAAGCGUCAGGAACCUCUGAUGGUCCAGCCCAACACAGAGACUCGGCCCCGGCGCUCCAGGACACGGCGUGGUGAAGAGCAGGCCCCUCUGGUAGAGUCUCAAGUCAGUAUCACCAAUGAUGUCAUCAUGGAUGGUAUUGAUGGCCCAGCAGCGUUCUUGGGCUCAGAAGCCCCUGAUCUGGGAAUGAAAAUCCAAAUCCUGUCAGUGAGCCAGUCUCAGUCCCAGUCCCAGUCUCAGUCUCAGCCCCAGUCCCCUGCUGAGGAGCCGGAGAGGGAUGGAGACACUGAGACGCUGCUAGAGCCCAAGACUGAUAUCCACGAAUUACUGCAGAAACAAGGCCUGUGCGGCAGUAUGAACUUCGACGAAGCCAGCGAGCACGAGGACGAUGUAGAGGAGGAACGGACACGGUCUUUGUCCCCUAACGCAGACACCAACAGACCCGCCUCUGCUGCCAGUGGCAAGGACAUUCCUGAGGUGGUGAUCCCCGGAUCACCCACAGCAGACAGCGCAGUAAUUGAUGUGGCCAAUCUAGAGGAGUUUGUCUUUCGUCCGGCUCCACGUGGCAUCACUGUUAAAUGUCGAAUCACUCGGGACAAGAAGGGCAUGGACCGCGGCCUUUACCCCACCUACUUCAUGCACAUGGAGAGAGAGGAUGGCAAGAGAGUGUUUUUGCUGGCAGGAAGGAAGCGAAAGAAGAGUAAGACGUCCAACUACCUUAUGUCAGUGGAUGCCACUGAUCUUUCGAGAGAGGGAGAGAGCUUCAUAGGUAAACUGAGGUCCAACCUCAUGGGCACCAAAUUCACGGUGUACGACAACGGCACCAAUCCCUGCAAAAACCCCGGGGCGCUGCUGGAGGAGAGCAACACACGACAGGAACUGGCUGCCAUCUGCUACGAGACAAAUGUGUUGGGAUUCAAAGGACCACGUAAGAUGACCGUAAUCAUCCCGGGCAUGAACAUGAAUUUUGAAAGAGUCCCUGUAAGGCCUCAAAAUGAGCAGGAGAGCCUCCUGAGCAGGUGGCAGAACCACUCACUGGACAACCUGAUUGAGCUGCACAAUAAGGCCCCUGUGUGGAACGACGACACCCAGUCUUAUGUGCUGAACUUCCACGGCCGCGUCACCCAAGCUUCAGUCAAAAACUUUCAAAUAGUUCACGACAACGACCCUGACUACAUUGUCAUGCAGUUUGGCAGAGUGGCCGAAGACAUCUUCACUCUGGACUUCAACUACCCCAUGUGCGCUCUUCAAGCCUUUGCCAUUGGCCUGUCGAGCUUUGACAGCAAGCUGGCCUGUGAAUGAGAACUACCGGUUUUACUUCCACGCCGCCACCUUUCCUGCUCUCCCUAAAAAUCUCUUCUCGCGGAGGCUGUUUGGAAGCCGACAGCUUCACUGCUCACAUCAUCGGCAGUCAGUUCACGCACAAGUCAAGAAACAAAUUAUGAAACUGAGAAAAAAAAAAAGGCGGAUACUGAUCAGAGAUGUCGGUGCUCUGUUGGCCAAUCCAACAACCCUCUUGGUUCCUGUGCGGUAGUUUUCCAUGCCAUUUUAGUGCGGUUAUUUCCAUCAGUUUAACCUUUUUUGUACAGUGUACUUGUAUACAAACUAAAAAAAGGGAAAAGACAAAGUAAAACACUCUGUGCUGGAGACAGGCGCUCCUGUCAGACAUCUGCUGCAAAAACAACUGAUGUUAAACCUAUGACUCAAUCAUUGUUUGAAGGGCGGUGAUAUGUGUAUUAAUGAUGUAUUUUCUAUCGCUUCUGUUGCCUUUUAAAUUUGAUUUCACUCAGUGUUUUUUGCCACACUAGCGCCAAAAAGAGCAACGUCGGCUGAGAAGUCCCUCUUAAGGAGCAGAAACCAUUAGGAAUUACAUUACACCGCCUUUCCUCUGGCGCCACCCUCAGGCUCAAACUGUAGAGUUAUUGGAACUACGAAAAGCAACGUUUUUUCACCCAUACAACACUUUUUCUGGAAAGUAAUGGGCAUCACAGUCUUGGCGCUAGCGUGGCUACAGAAUUUCAGUCUUGUUUACAUCUUUAAAUGUGGCUACAUGGUUUAAUCUGCCAUCUACUUAAAACUAAUUUUGAUGUUAUUCCUUUAUUAUCAUGUUGUCAUCCCUUGUUUUAAUGUUGUGUGGAAGGUGCAUUAUUCAGAACAGGCCUGUCUUAUGUUGGUG